UUUUUUUAAAGACACUUAUUAAUCUACCUUAUCCAAGAACUAGACCCACAAUAGUGAGGUGUCACAAAGCUAUUGAUUGUAACACAUACUUGUAAUCUCUUCCUACGUCCACAAAAUCAAAAUCUAUUUACAAAGAGGAUCGGUUUGGGAGAUAGAAACACAGAAGAAAAAUGGCAGCAACAUUUGCAACACCAUCGACGGUUGUAGGUCUCGGAGGAUCAUCUGUUUCUCCCAUCAACACCAAAGCCCUCUCUUCAUCCUUUCUAAAGCCAACAACAAGAGCAAAGAACCCUCUGAGAGUCGCCGGGGCAUCCGGAGGAAGAUUCACUUGCUUUGAGAGCAACUGGUUGAGGAGAGAUUUGAACGUGGUGGGGUUCGGGCUGAUCGGAUGGCUAGCUCCGUCGAGUAUUCCGGCGAUAAAUGGGAAGAGCCUGACGGGUCUCUUCUUCGAGAGCAUAGGAAAUGAGCUCGCUCACUUCCCAACUCCUCCAGCUCUCACGUCACAGUUCUGGUUGUGGUUGGUUACAUGGCACUUAGGCCUCUUCAUCUGCCUCACCUUCGGACAAAUCGGAUUUAAAGGCAGGACCGAGGAUUACUUCCAGAAAUAAAUCAUUCCUCUUGUUGUACCAUAUCUUUCUUUGUGCUAUAUUUUGAUGUUUCAGUCAAUGUCGACAAGUGUUUCUUAAUGAUCUUGAUUAUAAGAUUAUCGAAACUUGGAGAUGAUUGGAUAAACUCUUCAAGAUUUCAAACU